GGCAAGCCAAUCGCGCUGAUUGGCUGCGGACGGAGGCAGAAAGUGCUGAGGGUUCCAUUCCGCGGAGCGCGCUGGGCCUUGAGGAUUUAAGCCUAGGAGUCGAGGGCAACUUCGCUCUUUCUUUCGAGGGAUUCCCCAGCACGUGGCGGGGGACUGAGGAAUCCGUUUCAGCUUCCAAAGUUUUGGGGAUCCCGUUUGCCGUUCUUUCUCUCCGGGCUGCUGCAAAACCUCUGCUGAAAAUGGCCAGCCUCCCCAGAGCAGAUGGAAACCCCACAACUAAGGAGGAGUGGGCCUCUCACCACAAGAUGGUGAUGGAGCCCCUGGACACCAACGACCCAGAGGUCUACGACAUCAUCAAGAAGGAGAAGCGGCGGCAGCGGCUCGGCUUGGAGCUGAUUGCGUCGGAGAACUUCGCCAGCCGGGCAGUUCUGGAGGCCCUGGGCUCCUGCAUGAACAACAAAUAUUCAGAGGGAUACCCGGGACAAAGGUACUAUGGUGGGACGGAGUUUGUGGAUGAGCUGGAGAGGCUGUGUCAGAAAAGAGCCCUGGCAGCUUAUGGGCUGGACCCACAGAAGUGGGGAGUCAAUGUUCAGCCCUACUCAGGAUCUCCAGCGAACUUUGCAGUAUACACGGCCCUAGUAGAGCCCCACGGAAGGAUCAUGGGCUUGGAUUUGCCAGAUGGAGGCCACCUGACCCACGGCUUCAUGACGGACAAGAAGAAGAUCUCGGCCACCUCCAUCUUCUUUGAGUCCAUGCCUUACAAGGUCAAUCCUGAAACUGGUUACAUCGACUAUGACAGGCUGGAGGAGAAUGCCCGCUUGUUCCACCCAAAGCUGAUCAUCGCAGGGGUCAGCUGCUAUUCACGAAACCUGGACUACGCUCGCAUGAGGAAGAUCGCCGAUGAGAACGGGGCAUACCUGAUGGCUGACAUGGCCCACAUCAGCGGCUUGGUGGCCGCCGGCGUGGUGCCGUCCCCCUUCGAGCACUGCGACGUGGUCUCGACCACGACGCACAAAACCCUGCGGGGGUGCCGGGCGGGCAUGAUUUUCUACCGGAAAGGUGCCCGCAGCGUGGAUCCGAAAACUGGGAAAGAAAUCCUGUACAACUAUGAAAGCCUGGUCAACCAAGCAGUGUUCCCUGGGCUACAGGGAGGGCCGCACAACCACGCAAUUGCGGGAAUUGCGGUAGCUCUGAAGCAAGCCAUGACUCCGGAAUUCAGAGCUUACCAGAGGCAAGUCGUCGCCAACUGCAAGGCCUUAUCCAAUGCCCUUGUUGGCUUGGGAUAUCACAUUGUUACCGGCGGCUCCGACAACCAUUUGAUCCUGGUGGACCUGCGCAGCCGAGGCACGGACGGAGGGCGGGCCGAACGGGUCCUUGAGCUCUGCUCUAUUGCAUGCAACAAGAACACCUGUCCAGGAGACAAGAGUGCCCUGCGCCCCAGCGGUCUUCGGUUGGGAACACCAGCCCUCACCUCUAGGGGAUUCGUGGAAGAGGACUUCCAGAAAGUCGCUCACUUCAUCCAUAAAGGUAUCGAGCUCACCUUGCAGGUCCAGAGCGACAUGAGUCCCAAAGCGACGCUGAGAGAGUUUAAGGAGAAGCUGGUGUCUGACGAGAAGUACCAAGCUCCCCUGAGAUCCCUCCGGCAGGAGGUGGAGGCCUUUGCAGAUACCUUCCCCCUCCCCGGCUUGCCGGUUCUAUAAAAUAAAAGUCACGGUUCCCCCAUGCGCCAGAAGAACAGCAAGGAAACUCCUGCCUGGAACGGCCGCGAUUCUUCUUGGCUGCUUCGAAGUGUGGGUUUAUCUCGCCAAGCUGCCCUCCUGCAAAAGGGAUUUAGGAGGGAUCGAGGCAUCUCCAGCGCCCACUUUUCUUUACUGUUCUUACAAGCAGAGCUGCUCUUGAAACCUGCUCUUUAACCAACCUCUACCCCAUCUUU